GGACUGUCUUCAAGUUGUGAUGAGCAAUUCGCGGAGGACUGUGGAGUCUGUUCCUCUUUUGCACGACAACAACUACAGAUCGUCUUCUCGACGCCAGAAGCGAUACGAUAAAACGACCGAGUUUUACGUGCCAUCUCGCGACGCGAAGCAAACGCCAAGUGUGCCGCCUGGUGUCGAAAGAAAUGAAGAGAAAUAUCGGCGCCAGCGAACCGAGAGGCCUCCACCUCGAUAUGAGACAGACCCGUCGUCGUCUCAGUAUCGUUUCAGGCCGUACUUUAUAGUAACAGUGACGCUCGUCGAGGUGGUGGUGUUUGUGUACGAGAUUGUUGCGGGAGGCAUAGCGCCCGUAUCGUUUACGCCGGUCACGGAGGAGCUCGUCUCUGUGCCCAUUUUCGGACAGAACUACAAUGAGACGGUGAAACGAGGCGUCGUGUCCAACUGGUUCAUUGGUCCAGACCCCUCGUUUUUUGUGCACAAUGCUGCCAAGUUUACACUGUGUAUGAGGAAAGACACGGCUUUACUAACGAGACUAGCGCAGCAGCGGAUAGAAGAGAACUACCUGAGGUGCUGCAGUUUGAAUGACGGGUCGAAGGCAUGUGGUAUGGUUCUGCAAGAGCAAUGCAAAAGCUUUCCAACCCCCGGAACUGUGCUUGGCGGAGCGUCUCAGUGUGAUCAGUCCGGUGGGUUGUGUGAUGGUGGAGUGACACUUGGUCCAUGCUGUGUGGGUCUCGACGCCGGAUGCAUUUUGACGUCCAGAGAGAAUUGCAGCUUCCAGAAUGGCUACUGGCACUCAAAUAUUUCUCUCUGCAGAGAUGUCAACUGUCUGGCUGAUGUGUGUCGGGUGCCAGCAUUUGCGGACUCUGCUGACAGUCAGGAGAAUGCAAAUCAGUGGUAUCGCUUUAUUACACCUAUAUUCUUACAUGCAGGAAUCAUUCACAUUGUUUUAGUGCUGAUUUUCCAACUGUGGCUGGGAAUUAAAGUAGAACGACAGUUUGGAUGGCUUUCCAUUGGUAUCGUUUAUAUAAUUAGUGGCAUUGGUGGCUACCUCGUGAGUGGUAUAUUUGAUCCUCAGUCUCAAUCGGUCGGUGCAUCAGGUGCACUGAUGGGUUUGUUAGGUGUCAAGUAUGUCGACCUAUUUCUAUCUUGGAGUUGUCACUAUCAGAAACCGUGCAGAACGCUAACUGCUCUCAUUCUAGACACCAUCGUGAUAUUGAUUGUAGGAACAACACCAUAUGUGGACAACUUUGCCCAUAUCGGCGGAUUCGUGAUUGGCACAACGACUGCGUUCAUCAUCAUUCCCUACAUCAAGUACCUACGACAUGACCGAGUCAGCCGUUUGGGAAGGCGAUGGCAGUGUGGCCGUGUUAUGUGCUGUGUAGUUGUCUUUCUUCCUCUGCUUCUUUCUCUCUUCUUGAUUGGUUUCAUCGUCUUCUACCAGACUCAGAACACUGAAUUCUGUAGCUGGUGUCAUUACAUUAACUGCAUUCCAUAUGUCAAAGGGUUCUGUGAGGAAGGUUUCAGCAGUCUCGUAGAAGCAACCAAAAACUGGUAAAAAGUAGAAUACAGGAUACCAUAACUAUAUU